UUGUGUUAUUUUAACCGUAGCUGUGAAGUGUGAACUGUAGGUACCUAGUUUGCGAGGUUAAAAAAAGUUUAAUAUUAACGGUUUCAAAUAAAAAUUUAAGCAAAAUGGAAGAAAAUGUUGCUUUAGAUUCAAAGAAACAGAAAGACUUCGUGAAGUCUGUUAAAGGAAUCAAAAAACUGAUAAAGAAACAAAGUAACAAAGAGAAACAAAUCAGUAAGCCAGAGUCUAAGCCCAUUAAAAGUGGGAAGAUUUCAAAGAGGAAACGUAAUCCCAGAGGGCUCGUCUAUUUAGGACAUAUUCCACAUGGAUUUUAUGAGAAUGAAAUGACCCAGUACUUCAGACAGUUUGGUAUGGUUACCAAUGCCAGAGUAAUUCGUUCCCCAAGAACUGGCAACUCCAAAGGUUAUGCAUUUGUAGAAUUUAAAGACCCCGCCGUUGCUCAGGUUGUCGCUGAAACUAUGAAUAAUUAUUUAAUGGGGAAAAGAUUAAUAAAAGCUGCAUAUAUUCCUCCAGAAAAACAAAAGAGAUUUGCAAAGAGGAAACACUGGUCUUUCGAAAAUAAUCCUAGUGUUCAAAAUAGGAAAAUACACAAAAAGGAACACAAUGCUGAAAAAUCGGAAGAUAAAAAUCUACAAAUGGCUCGGAAUAUGAUAUCAACGCUUAACAAAACCAAAAAGAAGUUGAAAGAAAUGGGUAUAGACUAUGAUUUCUUUAUGCCAGUAGAUAUUCCGGAAGGUAUAGAAUUAAAAAAAGAUGAUCAAAGUCCUACAAAGGCAAAUACUAAUGAGAAGAAACCUAUUGUUAAGAAAGAAGGUAAAAAAGAAAAAGUUGACAAGAAAAAGGUAAAAGAGGAAGAAACGAAACCUGCAAAGAAGAUUAUAGAAACAAAAAUACUUGAUAAGAAAACUAAAAAGGAAAAACCUAAUAAAACUAGUGAACAGAAAGUUAAAGUGGAAGUCAAAGAUAAGAAAGAAGUUAAAAAAAGUGACCUAAAGGUAAAGCAAAAGGCAACUAAAAGUGACGAUGCUGUACAAAAAGAGAAAAGGCAAAGUUUGAAAGACUCUAAUGUUAAAUUAUUGGAAGAUUUCAUCAACAUUCAAGAAGAUAAUGGUGACAGUGAUGGUUCUUUAGAGUUUGAUUCCGACGAAUUUGAGAAAGCAAUGGGUGAAGAGGACUCUGCUGGAUCUAGUGAUGAAAGUGAUGAACCUUUGGACAGUGAGGUUACCUCUGAUGAGGAGGAAGAAGAAAAGGUACAGAAAACGGUACAAGCUAAACCGAAGCCUGUGGUAGCUAUUAAGAAAAAACAAAAACAAAAAAAAGUUGUUCCUCCUAAAAAAGGGAAAUUCGAAAAGCAAACUAACAAGAAAACUUUGAAUAAAGUGAUAAAGAAGAAAAAAUAA